AUGACAUCCCCCUCGUGCACGGUGUAUGAGAAUGUGUUGGGCGGCACUCGGCCCCGGCGGCACAUCGCCCCGCAGAUCCGCCCGGCCGGUCUCGUCGUUGGCCGCGACUGCGGAACGGUGGCGGAGUUGACCUCCAAUUACUACAAGGCGAGAAGAGAAACUCCGGAUCUCAUCAAGAGCUACAGACGCGGCGGGGAGGUUGGACGGACAUGGCGACACUACGGCAUUGCAAGAGAUCCACCAGUGGAUGAAAAUAUACGGCAUGGUAUUAAAGGCGUCGUUGGCGAGGGAGCACGGGGUUGUUUACAACCCCCACAUGAUCGAAUGACGGCAUUAAUGGAGGAACAACUUGAGUGUAUGUAUUUAUCCAAUAUACGAAAACCACUUGGACACGCUCCAGCCCCAACGUAUGAAAUAACGGUUCCACGAGAUGGAUUUGGGGUUCAUUCCGAUCACAGUGAGAGUGUUAAACGAGUGGUGUAUGGUGGUAAGGAUGUGGAUGUACUUCACCCCGUGGGAGAACGUAAAGAUCGCGGUUACGAUUGGGAAAAGACUGGUAUUGAUCCCACACAGUUUUGUUUUGGGAAAACAGUUGGGGCAUCGGCUAUGAACACAACCGCCAACGUCACCGCCGCAGAUGUGAUGCGGGAGAGUCAACCAGUAUCCACUGUACUUCCUAAACUCGUGAAGGAUUAUCAAUCAACUUCAAAAUCAGAAAUUGGAAAGCCCCGCAGGUAUGGAUUUCACAAUGCACAGUUUGAAGAAACAGCAGAACAGCGGGCUGUGCAACGAUCACGACUUGGUGAUGGGGAUGCCGCACGUGAAGUACUUAGUUCAUGGGCCAUACAUCCAGCCACUCUAAAGGCAUAUGAAGAACGUAUUGCCAGAGAAACCGCAGAUGCAUUGGAAACGAUGAAAGAACUCACCGCUACUACAGUGGAUGAUGACAGCAAUAAGACUCGUUCACGAUAUGAAUGUUCAUUUGAUGGCAAACGAAGAGGUAAAGCAGUAGCACUAACAGAACUGGAUGAUGAUGUGCGUGCCCCACAUCUCUUAUAUCCAUGUCACUAUGUUCAGUUGGGUGUGAAGUCCAAGUACUUCGCCGGUGGCCGAACAUUAGAAGAUAUUCGUAGUUUAUGUAAAAAGAUAGAUUUUCACAUUUCCGAUGAACAAAUCGAAGAGGUGUUCAGAAGCAUCGCUUUAGAUGAUCGAUGCGGUAUUGAACAGUUUAAGAACAAGGCCAUUGAUAUGGGAUAUCUGGUGUAA